AUGGAAGAGCAGCGUCUGCGAUGGUAUGGGCACGUGCCGCGACAGAAGGACCACCCGAUAACAAAGACAAUAGUUGGAGUUUGAAGCGGAAGGAAAGCGAUCACGUGGAACUCCAAAGAAAAGGUGGCGCGAUGUGAUCAAGAAGGACAUCGCCGAGGCCGAAGUGGCAAGAUGCCACAGAUUGAAGGAAGCGGAAGCAGUUGGCAAAAACAGUGGACUCUCCGACUGAGCAGGAUUAAUGCCAGAGAAAAGAUGAGGAAAUUGAGAAACAGUCUGAGGUAUUACAACGAUGCUUUUUCAAGGUAUGAAUUUGCUAUAUUACGUAGAAUAGUUUGA